GUUCAUGCAGACCAUCUGCCUGGUAGAUAUCUCGUCGCCAUCGCAAUACGAAGGAGGAUCCCAACUAUUAAACCCUUCUUAUUAAUUAAUUCACAACCUGUCUUCAUGUACACAGUCUCGUCCUUGCUUUGAUCUCAAUAGUUUCAUUAAUUGAAGAUCAUUCCGUUCGUUUUCAUCGUCCUACUCCGUCCAUACCAUACCGCACACCCCCCCCUUUCGCUCUUCCCGAUUGAAACUUCGUCCGAAUACAUUCAAAUUCAUAAUCUCAACACUACUCGCCAAUCUUCGAACGAUAUAAGGACUGAGCUGAAGGAAAGCUGACUGACCUCACGUCACAUCAGAUCUCAUCUCACCUCACACAUGCAUAUACAACCGUAAUCUUAAUCCUCGCGAAAUAUCGAAGAGAUAAGGAAUUGAAGAAAUCACCCUAUCAAGCAUACCAACCCAACCACCCUUCCCAUCAAUUCCCCCAACUCACCUCGACUCUCAUCACCUCUCGUCACCUCGAUACCUUUCACCAAUUUCAAUCGAUCCCCAUUCUCCUCAUGGGUAAAUGGCGAUAUGGUGUCAUCCUGGACGCGGGUUCGUCAGGCACUCGAGUUCACAUCUAUAGAUGGCUUAAUAGUGCCAAAGCAUUACAGAAUCCCGAUGCCCUUACCCUACAAAGUUUACCCAGGCUAGAAACCGACAAGAAGUGGACGAAGAAGAUUAAACCAGGCGUAUCGACGUUCGGCGAAAGGCCUAACGAUGUUGGCCCAGAACAUUUACAACAGCUCCUCGACCACGCUCUCGAUAUCGUCCCCAAAGAUCAAGUAUCCGAUACACCAAUAUUCUUGAUGGCAACAGCUGGUAUGCGACUACUACCUCAGGUUCAACAAAAUGUGCUUCUAUCCGAGAUUUGCGCCUAUGCCCAAAAGCAUACAAAAUUCGACUUACCAGAUUGUGGUUUACAUAUCCAAGUUAUCCCCGGUGAAACAGAAGGACUGUAUGGAUGGAUCGCCGCAAAUUAUUUACUCGGAGGUUUCGACACACCAGAGGAACAUGCCCAUGGCAAAGGGCACCAUACAUAUGGAUUUUUAGAUAUGGGUGGAGCGUCAGCGCAAAUUGCAUUUGCGCCCAAUACUACUGAAGCCGAAAAACAUGCAAAUGACCUCAAGUUAUUACGAAUGCGAACUAUGAAUGGACAACCCGCGGAAUAUAAAGUUUUCACUACAACAUGGUUAGGAUUUGGUGUCAACCAAGCUAGACAUCGCUUCAUCGAAAGUUUGAAGGACGCUUCUUAUACCAAGGAUACCAAAGAAUUGCUCGACCCAUGUCUUCCAGCUGGCCUCAAAACAACCUUGGAUGGAGAUGUUGUUGACGGCUCGAAACCCACAGGAAAAAACCCAAUCUUAUUAGGUACCGGUCAAUUCGAUCAAUGCUUAGCGGCGACAUAUCCCUUGUUGGAUAAAGAUGCCCCUUGUGCCGACAAACCUUGCUUGCUUCACGGACAACACGUUCCUGCUAUCGAUUUCGACGUCAACCAUUUCGUCGGAGUUUCUGAGUAUUGGCACACAACUCAUGAGGUUUUCGAGAUGUCACACAAAGAUAGAGCCUAUGAUUUCACAAAAUAUCAAGCUUUGGUAAAAGAUUUCUGUAGUGAGGAAUGGGACGACAUCGAGGCAGAAGUGAAGAAGAAGAAGAAAUGGGGAAAGAAAGUGGAUGUCAAGACAGCGCAAGAAGUUUGCUUCAAAGCUUCAUGGUUGAUUAAUGUUCUUCACGACGGAAUUGGGGUACCAAGAGUUGGAUUGGAGAAGCCGGGACCAAAUUACAAUGCGACAAAGGAAAUGAUGCUUCACUCGAAAGGCAAAGGUUUCUUGGAUCCAUUUCAAGCAGUUGACAAGAUUGAUGGAGUAGAAGUCAGUUGGACAUUGGGAAAGAUGAUAUUGUAUGCAUCUGGACAAGUUCCUCCAGCAAGUGAGGAUGCCCUACCGGUCGGCUUUGGAAGUAAUACUUUGGGGGUCCCUACAGACUUUCAACUGGCUGGUUCUAAUGCAAAUCCUAUACCUCAGGACGACGAUGAUUGGUCUGAUGCAGCCGAUGAUCUCAUUGAAAAGGCACAUUCUCGAUCCGCUCCCGGGCUUCUCUUGUUUUUCUUUCUUUUAGCACUCUUCGCUUAUCUAUUCCGCAAGAGAGAUAGAAGACUUCGGUUAUAUAGGGGUGUCAAUACAAUUUUACGUCGGAACCGUCGGCCAGGUAGCCCAAAGAAAGGCUCUCGCGGUUUAUUCGGCGCAGGAAAGUUAUUUGGAUCUCGAGGCUCUACUAGCUAUGAACGAGUAUUGGAAGAUGGUGAUGCCGCUGCUGAGUUCGAAUUAGGUGACAUCGAUUCAUCCGAGGAAAACGAUAAUUCGGACGGAAGUGAAGGAUCUCGGGUAGGAAGAUCUUCUGGAUUGGCAACGCCAAAGUUGAAUGUGGUUAAUUUUGAGGCGGCUAAUUAUUUCGAUAAUAAUUCGCAGCAUGGCCAAGGUAUUGGCCUCGGUCUGGGAAGCGGCUUGCCAAAUGCAUGGAAUAGAAGUGGUCUAGUCGUCAGAACAGAAAGUCGAGAAAGAUUGGCACCUGCUUUACAUUCUUUGGGCGCAGGAAGAAGAAGUAGAACGGGUAGUCCGACAAGGAAAAGUCCCCUAAUGACACCGCUUGAAGAGUCAUGACACGAGAAUUUGAGAAUGAAUAAACCGAUGGACCAGUCAAUGAGGUAACUGGUUCUACUUCGAAAUCGGGGAACCUUUCCCUUCAUACUUAUUUUAUCAUAUAUUCUUCUUUUAGCAUGGCGCUUUUACUUGGAAUGGAAUGGGAGUUGAAAAUUGGCGUUGAAAAUGAGGGAUGGUACUGAUUGAGAAAGAAUGACUGCAAGCUUGGUUUGACAUAUGGCGCAGCUUGUGGAUAUUAGGUCUAUCACUGAGAAGGACUUUUGUAUAUAAAUAUUCUUAGGGUAUGCAUGGGGUUGCCAACGCAAUCUUGAUGUGGUGAUUGCGAAUAGAUGGAUGGUAUAUCUGUAGUGCACAUAGAGUAUGAGAUGAGAGGCAUCAUCAAAGUAUGCCGCCGAAUUAAUUAAUUCAGUUGAUAUAUACA